AUGAACGCAAAGAGAGAGCUUCCAUCCAAAGAGAGCGCUGUUUUCAAGAACAUCUUGAGAAACUAUGAGCACAAGCAAUAUAAAAAGGGUCUCAAGUUGGCUGACUCUAUCCUCAAACGUUUUCCCGAACAUGGAGAAACCUUGGCCAUGAAGGGUCUGUUUUUGAACAAUCUUGAAAAGAAGGAAGAGGGCUAUGAGUAUGUCAAAAAGGGUCUUCGGUACGACCUGACGUCCCACAUCUGUUGGCACGUUUACGGUCUUCUUCAUCGUGCCGACAAGAACUAUGAAGAAGCAGCCAAGUGCUACACUCAUGCUCUUAAAUACAACAAGAACGACAUAAACAUCCUUCGCGACUUUGCCUUGUUGCAAACACAGAUGCGUCACUACGAUGCUUUGGUGGAAACUCGCUCUGAGCUCGUCCAACAAAAGUCCAACAAUCCCCCUUUCUGGAUCGGUUUGGCAAUUGCAUACCAGCUUGUGGGUGAAUAUGACACUGCCGUAACCACUCUUCAGGCCCAUGAGGAUAAUUUGAAGAUGGACGGACCUGUGACCUUUGAGAUGUCCGAGCUGUUGAUGUACCACAACACUCUUCUCGAAGAGAGUGGAAACUAUCAGGCUGCUCUUGAUCACUUGGUCGAGAUCGAACCAAAGGUUACCGACAAGAGUGGAUGGAAGGAGAAGCGCGCUUUAUUUUUGGCAAAGUUGGGUAAGGUCGAAGAGGCGGAUGCUGCUUACCGCUUGUUGAUCAGUGAGAACCCUUACAACGGUCAAUAUGUCAAGGGACUAUUGGUUGCCACCGGUUUGGAUGGAGAGGACAAGAAGGCUGAAGCCAACCAAAUCCUCUCUGAGUUGAGAAGCCAGUACCCUCGCUCAAAGGCCAUCGAAGAUCUCGCAUUGAAGUAUGCUGUGGGUGAUUCUUUCAAGGUUAAGGUCGAUGCUGUCUUGCAGGGAUCUUUGAGAAAGGGCGUUCCUUCAAUCUUCAACAGCAUGAAGAAGUACUACAAUGAUGCCGAAAAAUUACGUACUAUUGAAGCCCUUGUGUUGGAAUACGCCGAGUCUCUUGCCAAGAAUGGCACUUUUAACUCGAGCAAUGAUGCUACUCGUGAGCCCCCUACUGCUUAUCUCUGGACUCUCUAUUACCUUGCCCAGCACUACGAUUAUCAUCGUCAAACCGACAAGGCACUCGAGACCAUCGAGAAAGCUAUUCAACACACACCUACUGUUGUCGAGCUCUACAUGACCAAGGGAAAAAUCCUGAAACACGCCGGAAGAGCUGAAGAGGCAUCCAAGGUUAUGGAUGAAGCUCGGAAGUUGGAUCUCCAAGAUCGUUUCAUCAACUCAAAGUGUGCUAAAUACAUGUUGAGAGCUGGACACAUUGCUGAAGCUGAGAAGACAGUUGGUCUUUUCACCAGACGCGAUAUUGCUCCUCUUCAGGACUUGAUUGAUAUGCAGUGCCAGUGGUUCUCUACAGAGGAAGGUAAUGCCUAUGCUGCCAAGAAAGAAUACGGCAAGGCAUUGAAGCGAUUCCAUACUGUCGAUAAAUUCUACUCUGAUAUCUUUGACGACCAGUUCGAUUUCCACACCUAUUGUCUCCGAAAGGCCACUCUUCGCGCAUACGUCAAUAUGUUGCGUUGUGAAGACACCCUCCGCAGCCAUCCCUAUUAUGUCAAGGCUGCAAAGGGGGCUGUUCAGGUUUACCUUGCUCUUGCUGACAAACCUAGCCAAUCGGACAACGGAAUUGACGAGACUGGCAUGUCUGAGGCAGAGAAGAAGAAGGCACGCAACAAGGCACGCAAGGCUGAGCUCAAGGCACAGCAGGACAAGGAAGCCAAGAAGGCUGCCCAAUUAAAGGAAGAGGCUGUGAAGCAGAAGCAAGACCCCAAAAAGCCUGUUGACCAGGAUCCCUUUGGUGAAAAGUAUCUUAAUACCACCACACCUCUCGAGGACGCUCUUCAUUUCGUUAAGCCACUUCAACAGUUGGCACCCAACUUAAUUGAUACUCACACACUCGGAUUCGAAAUCUAUAUUCGCCAAAACAAAUGGCUUUUGGCCUUGAGAUGUCUUGUCAAGACUGCUCAGAUCAACAAGUCUCACCCCAGCUUUAAGGUCAACCUUGAGCGUUUCCAGAAGGCUGGUAGGUUUUAA